AUGCUCUCCGACAAUCUAGAGAUGGACUUCGGGCUUUCGAAGAUACGAGAUAUACCGAUCUGCCGGGGUGAUCUUGUAGUUGCUGCGAGCAGGUUUCCCAAUCUCGAAACCAUCGAAUACAGCCACGGUUUCAUGGAGGGACACCGACCAGGCUCGAAUAUGAUGCGGGGUAUUCUAGAUCUCAUCGGAGCUGUACCCGGCCAACUGGGAGACGACCGGUCUUAUCGGAAAAUGCUCUGGGAGGACCGAGACGCAGGUCAACUCUUCGAGCCCCCGCCAGUGCAGGUCGAGCACCUACUUGACCAGUCGCGAUUCUACCUCCACCAAAUGGUGGUCGCCGCCCGACGCAACCCGGGACGAAAUGGGCCGCGGAGCAAUUCGAGAGCGAUGAGGGGCUUCGAGGCUCUGCAGUUGCGAUAUAUCGGUCGUAAUAUGUCGCACGCCAGCAGUCGGGAGAAUGACCUCGAUGUCCUCACGAAUACGCACACCGGCACCGUGUUCCAGUUCUUCAGCCUUCGGCGUCUCACGUUCUCUGGGCACUCAUUCAGCAAGAGCGCACUGCUGAAUCUCGAGAUUCUCGGGCAAGAUGAAGAUGCCCUGGCGCUCAACUCGCUCCCGAUGCUCGAAUCACUGCGCUUGGCCUACGUAAAGAUCGGUGUAUAUGCGGCGCGGCUGCUGAGGAAUUCACCUACCCACCUUAGCAUGGAUACCGCUGUCUGGCUCGAGGGUUCGUGGGAGACUUUCCAUCAAGGCUCCCAGCUUAAAAGGGUGAUGAUAUCUGGCCCACAGAUGCUUGUUGCUGCCGAGGGAGAUGACGAAGACGAAGGGGAGAUCGAAGACUCAGGAGAGCAACUCCAAUCUCGGAGUCUAGAGAAACUUCGUGGUGCGGUGUGGCUUGUCGAGAGCGCCGCCGAAGCCUGUCGCCUCCACGAGAAAUAUCGCACCCAGGUCUCGCCGAGCGUCGACAUGCGACCGGACCAAGUCCCACAUGUCUGGGCGCUUGGCGUGGACACGUACUUCCGAGCAGGCGGAAACGAUCCUUUAACGGACCAGAACUGCUGGGCUGAUGACGUCAAAUUGGAGGAUUAA